CCUCAGAACACACCAUUAGAAACCACCAGCACCACCUACACUGUCCAAGCAGCACUCAGUACCAACACUGACACUGGACUGCAGGAUGGGGAUCUGGUUAAGGGUCCAGUAUGUGGAGAGCUGUCUGGUGCUGCUUGGUCUUGCAACGCUGGCUCUGUCUCUGGGAAAUCUCUCAAGCAGAGGGCAGGAAGAGGGUGUUCCCUCUAACAGUCUGGAGGACGGGCUGGAGGUGAUCACAUACUGGUGGGGAGAAUGGACAAAAUGGACCGCCUGCACACGUACCUGUGGAGGAGGUGUCAUGUCACAGGAGAGACACUGUCUAAAACAAAGAAAGAAAACAACAACUGGUAAAGACAACAUGACGUGCACAGGCAAUGCAAAAAAGUAUCAUCUCUGCAAUGCAAAGGACUGUCCUGCUACAGGAAGGAGCUUCAGAGAAGAGCAGUGCUGGUCAUUCAACUCUCAGGUUUAUAGUGGAAAAAAUUACCACUGGAAACCUCUCUAUCCCGAUGACUACGUUCACAUUUCCAGUAAUCCAUGUGACCUGCACUGCACAACCUCUGAUGGUCAAAGACAGCUGAUGGUACCUGCACGGGAUGGAACAUCUUGCAAAUACAGCAAUUACAGGGGUGUGUGUGUAGAUGGGAGAUGUGAACCCAUUGGAUGUGAUGGUGUUCUCUUCUCCCCCAACACCCUGGAUAAGUGUGGUGUAUGUCAGGGAGAUGGGAGCAGCUGCAGUCGUGUUACUGGGAACUUUCGUCGUGGGGUUUCUAGUCUAGGUUAUUCUUUGAUAACUCAAAUCCCAGAAGGAUCAUGGGACAUCCAAAUUAUAGAGAGGAAGAAGUCUGCAGAUAUCCUGGCCGUGACUGACCAAGCAGGGAACUUUUUCUUCAAUGGUGCAUAUAAAGCGGACACCCCACAGAACUUCCAUGCAGCGGGGACCAUUUUCAAAUACCGGCGGCCAACAGAUGUUUAUGAGACGGGGAUCGAGUACAUCGUGGUUAAAGGGCCCAUCGAUCAGCCCAUCAAUGUUCUGGUCUGGAACCAAAAUGGCCAAAAUCCUUACAUUACCUAUGAGUACACAGUGAUGAGGGACUCUAUGGCUUCUGUCUCCCAGCCCCCCAUUUACAGAGGCCCACAAGGAGGAUCCAGUCUGGUUUCUGUAGAAAUUGGCAGUGUUCUACAUCACAAUGAGAGCAUGUAUGAUAAGGCAGUUCCUGAGAUGGAGGGGAAGCAGGUACAGACCACUGGGCCCAGGGCUGUGGAAGGACAAAAUCCUGGCCAGGAAACCAAUGAAGUGUACAAGACAGCUAACAUUGACUGUGAACAGGAUGCUAACACACCAGUGCAGUAUACAGAGGGUAACUGCAGCUGGCCCAGUGGGGUAGGACCCCCUGGUGUUGCACCAGUCAGCAGACCUGCUGAGGACAUGGCAAACUCUGAAAACCUCAUCUGGAGAGUGCUGCUGGGAGAACGAGUCGGCUCAGACGGUGUUCUUGCAAACAUCUCAACCAAUCAGCUUCUUACUCACAGAGAUGGCUUGUCCUCUGAAGCAGGUCCACUGGAGUUAGACUACAGCAGUCUUGAGCAAGCGGGUCUUAAUGGCUCACUGCUUGAGUUCACCCUUGGGCACAGGCGAAAUGACACGGGGGACUUCCUACUCCCAAACAGAACUCUUACUACCAUUUUACGCAAUCGCAAUCGCACCAGAAAUAACCAAAGGCUCCUUCAGAAGAACAAAAUGAGCGCUGCUGACAUGUACCGGUGGAAGUUGUCCUCACAGGAGCCCUGCAGUAUGACAUGCUCGAUAGGUGUGUCGAAAUCACUUGCCAUGUGUGUGCGGUAUGAUGGCAUUGAGGUGGAUGAUGUUUAUUGUGAUGCUUUGACUCGACCAGAGCCAGUUCAUGAUUUCUGCAUUGGCAGAGAAUGCCAGCCCAGAUGGGAGGCAAGCAGCUGGAGUGAGUGCUCUCGGACUUGUGGAGAAGGUUUCCAGUUUCGCCUUGUGCGUUGCUGGAAGAUGCUGGCUCCCGGCCUAGACAGCUCAGUGUACAAUGACCUCUGUACAGAGGCACAGCUAGAGCGCCCCCCAGAGCGCCGGGCCUGUAAAAGCCCUACUUGUGGCCCUCAGUGGGAAGUAGCUGAGUGGUCUGAGUGCCCAGCUAAAUGUGGUCGCAAGAGUCUGGUUACGCGAGAGGUCAGAUGCUCAGAUGAGAUUCACGCGUGUGACGAGUCAACUGUCCCUGCAUCUACCAAAAACUGCACCGGCCCUCCUUGUGAACGCCAGUGGACAGUGUCUGAGUGGGGACCGUGUUCAGGCAUCUGUGGGCAUGGACAAACUGUGCGUCAUGUGUACUGCAAAACACCAGAGGGACGAGUGGUACCUGAGUCUCAGUGCUCACCUGAAAACAAACCUCUGGCCAUUCACCCCUGUGGAGACAAUGAAUGCCCUCCACAUUGGCUGUCUCAAGACUGGGAGAGGUGCAACACAACAUGUGGACGUGGUGUGAAGAGAAGGACAGUGCUGUGUGUUGGCAUCAUGGGUGGAAAGGUCCAGAUCCAUGGUGAUGAGGAAUGUGACAGCAGUAAGCAACCAGUAGAUGAGGACACCUGCUUUGAAAGGCCAUGCUUCAAGUGGUACACAACACCAUGGUCUGAGUGCACCAAGACUUGUGGUGUUGGUGUGCGAAUGAGAGAUGUAAAGUGUUACCAGGGAAGAGAGCUUGUUCGUGGAUGUGACUCUUUGACCAAACCUGUUAACAAACAGACCUGUGCACUCCAGCCCUGCCCCACCGAACCUCCAGAUGAAAACUGCCAGGAUCGUCCCACCACCAACUGCUCGCUGGCUCUGAAGGUGAAUCUGUGCAGUCACUGGUAUUACAGCAAGGCCUGUUGCCAUUCUUGCCAUAAUCUUCGCGCUUCCUAGCUAGACCCCAAUGCUCAGGUUUUCAUCUGUUCAUGUCAUCUGCAUUGUGCUUAUUUGAGGAAGGGAGCAAGGGAAGUUUGAAUCAGUAUUUGGUUAUAUAUUAAACUAGUUCCAUAAAUACUGCAUUACUGCUAGUAUUACAAAAUGAUACCUACUUCAUGACAAUGUCCUGUGUUUGUGGGAUACCGUAAGGAAACAUUAAAUUAUUUGAUUAUUGCUCAGAGGAUUAUAUUGCAUGUCAUAAAAGUAUUUAUUAUUCGUCAGGUUUUAUUGGACAUUUAUUAUCUGGCAGCUGAAGAUGGCUGAUUUUAGUACUGUAUAUCCAAACAGGUUUACCCUCAAGCCACUGCUGGCUCCAACACUCUACUGUUUACUUUUAUUCAGUUUAACUAUUGCUAGACCUAGGCUUAUGUUAAUUUAUUGGUUACAGCAGUAGCUUUUUUGGGUUCUCUGAUAUGUAUGUAUCUGAAUAAUUCAUUUUGUAUCAUUCGAUUUAAAUUGACAAUGGAUUUAGCAGAACUUGACAUACCCAAGUCAUUUUACCCUUGUCAUUGAGUCCUGACACUUGAACGUACUAUUAUAGUUGCAAAUGUAUCUGAUUCAUAUAUUGUUUCAUUAAGACACAAUAAACCUCAUAUAUUGUAUACUACCUUACCUCAAGUACAAAAGACAAUCAAAUGUAAGUCAUUUGAUUUUUUUUUAUAGAAAAACAGUUAUGUACCUCUCAGAAUAUUAAAUAAUAAAUAUAAUACUUC